AUGUCCGCCGAAGCAGGGCCAAGCAACCUCGUCGAGGUCACCUCGCCCGAGCAUUUUACCGAGAUCAUGCAGCAGGACUUGGGUCGUGUCUCGCUGCUCAACUUCUACGCACCAUGGGCCGAGCCGUGCAAGCAGAUGAACGAGGUGGUCAAGGAGAUCGCCGUCAAGUACCCUCAAGUGCUUUGCCUCGUCAUCGAAGCCGAGACUCUUCCCGACGUUUCCGAAUCGUUCGACAUUGAGGCAGUCCCCUCGUUUGUCCUCCUUCGCGGACACACUCUUCUCUCGCGCAUCAGUGGUGCCAAUGCGUCCGCCCUCUCCGCAGCUGUCGCAACCCACGUCGCUCCCACAAAGACAUCCGGCGCUGGUAGCGUCUCCAAGACCUCGGCCGCUCCAAGGGCAGCCUCGGAUGUCUAUGAGGCAGGCUCCGCGCGCAACGGCGCUGCUGCCGGCUCCUAUGCCGACGAGGAAGAGGAAGAGGAGGUGGUCCCCGAGACAGAAGACGAGAUCUUUGCGCGAUGCAAGAAGCUCAUGGAGCAGAGCAAGGUGAUGCUCUUCAUGAAGGGCGACCCGGACACACCCCGAUGCGGCUUCAGCCAGAAGACGGUCAACUUGUUCAGGCAGGAGAACGUCGAAUUUGGCCACUACGAUAUUCUCAAGGACGAGAAUGUACGACAAGGACUUAAGAAGCUCAACGAGUGGCCGACGUUCCCUCAGAUCAUCGUCAACGGCGAGCUCAUUGGUGGUCUUGAUAUCCUCAAGGAGAGCAUCGAGAGCGGAGAGUUCGCCGAGAUGCUUCAGGACUGA